AUGUCUCCAAAAUAUCCUGUUCCUCCGGAGUGGACAGAUCAUCCUUUCGAAGACGAAUGGGAUAGUCCUGAUAGCAGAGGUCAUGUUGUCGCACGCGCUUUCGGUCUUGGCCCCGGACGAGCGAUCUUAGAGGAUGAAGAAAGUCUGACUCAAACCAUUGAAUCUGGCGGGAAAUAUUACAUGUGGGAUGAGCUGAAUUCUCAAAUUUACGAGUUUGCCUGCCAGGAUCUGAGGUAG